UGCACCGACUCCAGCCUGCGCCUCCCUCCCGCUCGUUCAUCCCGUCCUUGUGCGUGGUGAGCCGGUGCGUGUGUGUGUGUGUGUGUGUAUGUGUGUGUGUGGGUGCAGCCGGGGGACUUUCCUUUAAAAGCCGGAAUCCCACUCACGACACGAGUCUUUCUGCCGCCGUAACGAGCCUCCAAGCAGCGUAAGCACCGCCAUCCCCGCCGUAACUCCACCUGACCCAUCCGAUCGUCCAGUCCCGUCUAUGGUUGUGACUGACGCGCCGACGAAGAUGUCCCGGACCGACGAGGUGCACCGUAUAACGGAGAAUGUCUACAAGUCCAUCAUGGAGCAGUUCAACCCCUGCCUGAGGAACUUCAUUGCCAUGGGGAAGAGCUACGAGAAGGCUCUGACCAGUGUCACUUACGCUGCAAAGGGCUACUUCGACGCCUUGGUGCGGAUGGGGGAGAUGGCCAGCGAAAGCCAAGGAUCUAAAGAUCUUGGGGAGGUACUGUUUCAGAUGGCAGAAGUUCACCGUCAGAUCCAAAUUCAACUGGAAGAAAUGCUCAAAUCAUUUCAUAAUGAGCUUCUGACCGAACUGGAGAAGAAAGUGGAGUUGGACGCUCGAUACCUGAAUGCCGCCCUGAAGAAGUACCAGAUGGAGCACAAGAGCAAAGGAGAGAGUCUGGAGAAGUGCCAGGCCGAACUCAAGAAACUGAGACGCAAGAGUCAAGGCAGCAAGCACCCCACCAAAUAUGGAGACAAGGAGAUGCAGUACGUUGAAGCCAUCAGUAACAAGCAGAGCGAGCUGGAUAACUACAUCGCCGAGGGAUACAAGAACGCGCUGUCCGAGGAGAGGAGGAGGUACUGCUUCCUGGUUGACCGUCAGUGUGCUCUCGCCAAAAACACCACCACCUUCCACGGCAAGGGUAAGGAGCUGUUGUCGCAGAAGCUCCCCAUGUGGCAGCAGGCGUGUGCGGAGCCAAACAAGCUGCCGGACCGUGCCAUGUUCCUGGCCCAGCAGAUGAGCGGAGCCUUGCCCAUCUCAGAGCCUCUCCCUGGGGCCAAAGCUCUGCCCCUGCCCCCGGAGCUGGCUGCCCUCAGAGCCGGAGGAGCCAUGAGCCAACAGAUGCCGGUGAUGAACGGGGCUCACGCUGCAGACGAUUAUCAGCAGUGGAUGGAGUCUAAAGUGUCUCAGGGCAAAGCGUCGCCCCAAACCCACAGACACGAGGUUUACUCCAACACUCUGCCCGUACGCAAGGCUGCUCCUCAGAAGAGCAAGACCGCGCAGAUGGAGACGCGCACGCUGCCUCGCUCCAGCUCGAUGGCGGCGGGUCUGGAGAGGAACGGACGUACCCGGGUUCAGGCGGUCUUCUCCCACGCGGCCGGAGACAACAGCACCCUCCUGAGCUUCUCCGAGGGCGACGUCAUCACCCUCUUAGUGCCCGAGGCCAGGGACGGGUGGCACUACGGGGAGAGCGAGAAGACGAGAAUGCGUGGCUGGUUCCCGUUCUCCUACACUCGAGUCAUUACUGAGGCAGAGGCCGAUUCCAUGAGGCAUCUCAGAGUUCACAAUUUGCACCACGGUAAAAGCAGCAGCACUGGGAACCUCCUGGAGAGAGAGGAGGUGGCACUGCCCGCUCCAGACUACACGCUCCGGAUGUCCUCCCAGACUCUGCACAGACACAGGCCCUACAGCGUGGCCGGACCAGGCUUCUCACAGCAGGGGGUGGAAGAAUAUGAGCCACGUUUCCCAACAAGUACAACAGAGGUCAAACUGAUUUCUACAGUGUGAGAAACGAAAGACAAAACUGCAGCUAUAAGUCUCAGGACUGGUCUUUCUUUGCGUAGUCCUCUGCGGAUUUCCUGGUUCGAAUCUCAACCAAAACCGGGAAAAAAUGGCGACUCAACGCUUGUUUCAAACUGCCAUGUCUGGGAGCACUUUGGCUAGUUUGCGAUGCAUGUUUAUAACUUCCACUGGAAAGCAAAAAGAACGGAUGUUGUUGAUCCUGGAUUUAAACUUUUAACAGUGAAUGCAGCUUUUGAUAAUCUUGACUGAGUGAGUUUAUCACUUUAAGCACAAUCCAAUCUAUUAUAUGUUAGUACUUAUUUCUGCAAAUUACUACAUAAUUUCUUGAUACUUUGUGGCCGAUGUCAUCAACAUUCCCCGUGGGUGUGAUGCUAACUGUAGGCACUGCUCUGUCUGAAGCUCUGUUACUCAAGCUAGACUUUCACCAAUCCUGAAAUCAAGAUGAAAGAAGCCCGACUUGUAGCGAGAGACUUGGGUAAUAUGAAUUUUAUCAUUGGUAAAUGGUAUUGAUAUUUUGCAGGUGACGUCAUCAACAUUACCUGGGGCUGUGACGCUAUCUGAAGGCACUGAUCUCAGUUUUAUUUUAGCACAAUCUGACCAUAAAGAACUAGAGGUGUAACGAUAUCCAAGUGUCAUGAUAUGACAUCGUCACGGUAUGAACCUCACAGUAUGAUAUUUAUUGCGAUAUUGUGGGAAAGCUCACGAUAUGGUGGGGAGGCUCACAAUUAGACAUGAAACAAUAUCCAAAUCUCACAGUACGAUAUUUAAUGCGAUAUUUUCUAAGCACUUUUAAGUCUUAGGCCCCGUCCACACUAGUCGUUUUCGUUGUGGAUACAGUGUUCGUCCACACUAAUCAGAUGGAAAACGUCUCCAGAGACAGAACGAUCUGGUGCCGCCAGCUCCCACAAAUUCACCUGAGAACACAUCUGAUCCAGCACUGUGUGGACACCUGAAAACACUGAUAUGCAGAUACGCUGAUGUAGGUCUAGUACCUAAUUCACCGCCACAACGCUAAGAGGCUAGAAUAUAUUCAUAUAUACGUCUAUGUGUAUGACAUGCAGAUGUAUAAUCUCUGAAAAGUUUUACAUGAACCAUCUCCAACGCGAUAGAAGCACAGAACAGACUCACCAUCAGCAGAACACCCCUCUGUCACAGAAGGAACAGUCAUAAUCCACUGAAUCCUGUCCUUUAGUCCGACAGAAGCUGAACCGCAUCAGCACACAAUAGCGAGCUGUUUUUUGAGUGCUCUUUUUAUGCAAAUUAGCCAUGUGGUUUUAAGUUUUGUUUCUGUAAAACGUAAACAAAUAUGCUCAAAGCUGUGUGGAUAGGGAAGGAUUGCAGACACAGAAACGACUUAUGUGGACGCAAAUAGUUUCCGAUACAGUGAUAUGCAGAUUAGUUUCAGUGUAAACGGGGUCUUAGUUCUUUGGAUUAUUUCUUCGUGUAGUCUAUGUAGUUCGUUUUGGCUUUUUUUAGCUAUUGCUACACAAAAAAGGACCGCAUAGCACAUUCUUUUUAUUUUAUCGCACACAAAUACUACACGUUGGUCCAGAUAAAUAGUUUGACCUCCAGUACGGCGGCAUAAACAACUGGUUACACGCUUUUGUGCCGUAGACGCAAAACCCUAAUAGUACUUCAGACAGAGCAUGCCUCUAGUUAGCGUCACACCCUCAGAGAAUGUGGACAGCAUCAGCUGCGAACUAUCAAUUGGUUUAUAAUAUAGUUUAAUAAUUUUUGUAGUACCAACAUUUUUGCAUUAUUUUCAACCUCAUUUACUCACAUUAUUUACUGGUAAAUUUCACACACACAUACACAAAAAAUCUGUUUUGUUUUGGGGAAAUGAUUUAACGUUUAAAGAAAAAAUCUAAUAAAAUACAUAGCAAAUUCUUUAAAAAUUACAGUAUUAGUUUUUUGUUUUUGUUUUUUUUAACAUACAAAUUAAUACAUAAACAAAUAUGUCAGUUCAUGAUUUUUAUUAGAAUUUUUUUUUUCUCUGCUGAUUUUUCCUGUUGAGAUCUUGAGUGAUUUGCAGAAAUGAAAAUAGUGGGAUUGGGUUGGUUGUAUUAAUGUAUCUAUGUGACUGGAAUGUUAUUUGUACAUAAACUUAAACACGUGCCAAACUUGUGCUCGUCUCAUAAUCUACUCAAAUGAUAAACGCACUUUCUAACCGUGAAUAUUAUAUAAUCUAUAUUUAUGUCAUGUUUAGGGCCUUCUUUCUGACGUUUAUUUCUGAAAACUGUGAUUUUCUCUUGUCUGAAAACGAAGGGCAGAUGUGCUCAGUUUAAUGUCGUCUUUAAAGGAAAAUGUUAUUUACAAUCAAAAUAAAACAAUUCCUCAUUUAGAAAUCACAUCUCGUCUUGUCUCAGAAUCUGUUUAUUACUGUUAAUCUGUUCGUUAAAGGUGCACUGUGUAACUUUUCUGGUGGAGGGACCGUCACUCUGCUAUCCUUUCUAUGGAUAUGUCAUUGCUCUGCUUGAAAUGUUCCACAGUACGACAUUAAACACAUUUCACAUUUGUUCAGUUACGGGUUUUAUAGCUUAAAAAUUCCCAGAAAAACAUGGAUUCUGUGAGCGGGGUCGCCUCUCCGCAGAUCUGACCUGUAACUUGUUCUGGUUUGGUCUCCAUGAAGAUAGAAAGGUUUAAUGCCAUACUGCGAAACAUUUCAGACAAAGCAGUAACAUAGGGCCACUCGAUUAUGGAAAAAAAUCAUGAUCACGAUUAUUCAGUUAUUUAUUAGUUACAUUAUUUUUCCAAAUGUUUUUAAUAAUUUUCAGGCAAAAAUGUUUACAUGAAAAACUGACCACAUUAACACAGGUAACCAAAAAAGAAAAAAAGAAAAAAAAAAAGAAAAACCAAUUCACACACUCACAGACACAGUACACAUUACACAUAUUCAUGAAAAAUGCAGGCACAAUUAAAUUUAUCAGUUGCAGGUAAGUCAAAAAUCCAUAUUCAGUGAAGAU